AUGAAAAAAAAAUUCCGCACUCCUACUAGCUGUCUUCAACUUCUGUACAUUACUGCCGCUAGGUAUCUCUUUGUGACACAAGUUCUUUACGUUCUAAGUGGUAAUAAGCUAAAACCCUGCGUGAGAACAGCGGCAAAGAAAAUCGAAAUCCCUGACUCUGUGUGCUUUCCUGAGCCUUACGGAUCAGCUUCUUGCACUUCGGACUACGACGUCGGGCUUGUUGGAAAAGACGCUGGUACGCUAACAGAGAAAUUCAACAACUUUUUCCAAGACAAAAAUGAAUUUGGGAAACCCUCGGAGAUCGUUUUUGACACAAAUGUCUACGCUUUCACCCUGGAGUACGCCAUGCCACUUCUGUUUGUUAAACUACCGCCUACAUUUGCCAAAGAUGUAGAGAACAACGAAAAAACAUUAAACAGCAAAAUGCAAGAAUUAGCCAGCGCUUAUUACAAGGUCUACAAGUACAACAUAAAGUUCUUCGAAACGAUGGUAAAUGGAGCGAAGUUAUCAAUGAAGGGAGCACCCAAAUCAAAAGUCUUCUUAGAAAAGUGGCUGGAAACCUUUAAGACCUUGGAUGCUAAAAUUCCGAUGAGACCUGGGGAAAAACUGAAAACAGAGGAGGACCUGAGACUGGCCCAUAACAAUCAGUACCAAGCCCUGGUGAAAGAGAUGUCUUCAAAAGGAGGAUACAAACCGGCAUUGUUAGGUAAUCAUAACUGAGUUAGCAGCACUCCAAGCUGGCUGUAAGCGUUUUGGUCGCCAUGGCUAGCGGGUAAAAUUUUGACCAAUUUUUCAAUUACAUCGAAAGUCGUCAAAUUGACGACCUGUGUUUGGCGGUCAAGUAGCGAACUGAAACGUUUUCAAUCUGAUUUUAUGAUCCGUAGUUGAGGUGAGACAGCCAUUUGUAUAAAAUAAUAAUACCGCUCCUUCGUUGCCUCCUCGGUUUUGCAAGUGUCCAGCUUGAGAUGUCGCGUAAAAACGAUUGCUAGCCGUAUUACGACCACAUUUCUUCGGAAAGUCAACCCUACUUCCAUACUGAUCACAUCAAAGUUUACCACCUCCUACCGAAAAAAAACCACACUCGAUUUUUAUUCAGAGAUAGCAAUUCCUGGUUUAAUGUUUCGGUAAUUUUCUUCAAACAGAUGUUCUUGCAAAGGCCCUGAUCUACGCAGCUGAAGCUUAUCACACGCGAGGCGCCAUACGACAUGUAGUGGGUGGCACACAAAUGAACGUGAUUGACAUAUCGACGUCACUUUCGCUUAUGGACCUGUGGGUAUCCAUGAUCGAAAACUGGGGAGAGUCAAACAAGGAGUUUGGCCAUUGUCAGAUGGAACCUCUGGAGGUAUGCUUCCUUAAGAUGAGUAAGUACAUGUGGAGAAUGUUUAACGCAAUGAACUUAAUCCGUAAUGAAAUAAAACCCGAAAACAGGCUUGGUUUGGUGCACUUUGGAGAGGGCACGGGCGAUCCUGAGUAUGCAAUGAGAAUGUGGCUCGACUAUAAAAGGCAAGGAAAGACCGCCAUUCCAAGGCAACAGGACAAAGUUCUACAGUUUUUGAGACAAUUCAAAUGCGAUAAUGCCCAAAUCGGUCAGCCGAUAUCGUCGACUUGCAUCGCGAAGAUGAAUGAAAAAGUCAACGCCUACAACGAGAGAUUGGCUGCGCAGUGGACCGACGAACCUGUGCCACCGCCCUGGCACUACUGA